AUCUUCGGGCUCGCUAUCUACCUUGAGUCGUGCAGGCGUUCACUCAUGGCUGGAGUGGAGUGCACAAUGACGGUACCCGGGGAGUUGGAAGGUGACGAUGAUGCGACGCUCGCAGGUUGGAAGGCCUUUCUUUACCUCCCAGUUACGACCGAUCUCUUGAUAUCCAUCUUCGAGAGAUAUUUCACACCCAUCUGCUAUAUGUUCAAGAACCAAGCCGUUCCACUCAGCAUGGGGUUCUUCAACGCUUCCAACAACUCAGCUGGUCGCGCCAAGAACCUCAGUCCGCUCGAGGAGAACCCUUCUUCAGGCGGAAGGGCCGGUAGCCUCUCAUCCAAGACAAGCAACUCGGCCCUAAACAGCGCCAUGGGCAACUCGACAUCCAACAACGCCAGCUCAGCGAGCAAUGAUCGCCAUCAUUCUCGCAAGAAUACUGGCGAGAACGGAUUGAACUCCAAUGGAGUCAGCAGCACCGGGUACGGCUCCAACAAAUCCUCUCAACAGAGAUCCAAGUCUAAGUCUCGCACGGUUUCCUUUGCGAGCUCCCCACGAAUCUCCAGCUCUGACGAUGAGCGUGGCUAUAGCUCCGACGAGAGAUCCAACGGCUCCUCCAACUUCAGCGCGGGCUCCACGAACACAGCUCAGAGCGUCCACAACACCGCUUCAAGUGAGCGCGGCUCCACCAAGAAAAACAGCAUGGACAGCAACCGACCGACCAGCCGCAAUGGAAGCACUCGGGGUAACAACACCUCACCACCGCACCAUGAGCGUAAGGGUUCCAACUAUGUUCAGCGUGGAAGCUCCCCGGUCAGCAGCCCAACUCGCAACAACCGGGAGGCAACGGUUCCCACCGCCGGUGGAGAGAAGAUUGGCAGCAAGAUCGGCAACUCGAACACCUCAUCGAAUAACAACUCAUCGUCGAAUAACAACUCAUCGUCGAACAACAAUUCAUUGUCGAACAACAACGCAUCAUCGAACAACAACAACUCUUCCAGCGGUGGAUACUUCGGCGGAUCACACAGCAACAACAACAACUCCAGCUCCAACUCUGGCUACACACAAGCUGCCAACAACAACUCUUCAUCAUACGGUAAUGGUUCUAGCAACAACAACAACUCUUCCUCCAACACUGGAUCCUCUGGAGGAUAUGGUGGCGGUAGCUCAUCAAACAACAACUCGUCCUCCAACACUGGUUCAUCAGGAUACGGUGGCAACAACCAGUCUUCCGGCUUCGGUGGUGGCAGCGGUGGCUCGUCUGGAGGAUAUGGUGGAGGUAGCAACAACAACUCCGGCGGCUCCUCUGGAGGGUACGGUGGUGGCAGCAACAAUAACUCCGGCGGCUCUUCCGGUGGCUACGGUGGCGGCAACAACAACAAUACCUCGGGUGGCUCAACCGGUGGAUACGGUGGCGUAGGCAACAACUCGUCCAACAACAGCUCUUCCGGAGGAUUUGGAGGUAGUUCCAACAACUCUUCCGGCGGUGGCUAUGGAGGCAGCAGCAAUUCUUCCAACGCUGGCGGCUACGGAGGUUACAGUGACCCACAACAACGUAACGCCUGGGAGAGCGGCCAGCGCGAUGCCAGGCAGCAAGGCUCCCAGAAUACGGCUGGCUCGCCCCAACGACCAUCUUACAACUCAGCCAACUCUGGCUACGGUUCAUCAUACGGCGGAUCCAACUUCGGCGGCGGCGGUGGUGGCGGUUACGGUGGUGGUGGUGGUGGCUACGGAGGAGGAAACAACAACAACAACAACAGCUCAGGCGGCAAGGCACCCGGCUUUUCGACUGAAAGGAAGCUCGACGUCGCGUACGAGGCUGGCUACAAGGACGCAAUGGAGAAGAUCAAGGCCGACAUGAUGCGUUUCCUUUGUUCGGUUUUGGCCGCGGGUGUUCUGGGAUCGUAUAUAGAUCAUUCGCUCAUUCUCGGCGACCUACUGCUUGCAUCAAAAUUCCCGCGACAAAGGCCGCGAAUACGCCUGAACGGCACUGUUGCAAUGGGAACCGCUGGCUUGCGGCCCGUGAAGGCCGCGCAGUACGGCUAUGCGGAAUCCUUGUCGCAGUCCACAUAUCUGGGACACGAAGAGGAGUGGGACCACCAUCACCAUGAGCAGUGGGCCACAGGAUCGCAGGAUCUCCAUUCAGCCUCGCCUUCAAGCUCGGGCAAGGCAUAUACACACAAUCGAGAAGUUUCCCACGGCAGUCAGCAGCGCAUACCGUCGCCGGUCAAGAGGAAGCCAGUCUCCAACGUGCAGCAUUCGCCUGCUCCAGAGGUUCGCAUACAGGAGAUGCCCAUGAAUUCAGUCCACGUCAGUCCUCCACAGAUGGGCAUCGUGAAGCCUGAGCACGGGGCCCUCAGCUAUGCCUACGCCAGAGAUGACGAGCCACGACAUGGCAUGCACACCUAUGACCCCUCGUUAACGAUGGGAGACUCGACGGGCUCCCUCCCGGUCCGAACCAAAGCGCCAAACGGCUACGACCACCAGCCUUCAUAUCACACCCGCGCACCCAGCCGAGACUCGUCCAACACCAAUACCACUCCGCGGAUAGAAGAGGAUGGCGAAGAGGUGGAUUUGUAUAAUCAGGAUCCAUCGCAAGGUCUUCAGUACCAUGCGUUUGAGGAUGGAAGCAAGAAGCAGACUCAACAUGGACAAAAUCGUGCUUCGCACUCGGCCACGAAAUCGACGGUAUCGAGUUCGUCAGGUGGCGAGCAUUCGAAUGGAGGAGGAUUGCAUGCUUAUGGUCCGCGAACAACAGCCCAACGGCCGGUGUCAUCAUAUAUCCUGGGCCAAGAAAUGCGAGGACGAACCCUGUCGCCAAUGAGCGCAGUGUCAGACUCGCAAGGUCAUGGCCGGGAUUUGUCGACAUCCCGGAGAUCACCCUUGAGCAGACCGGCCAGCUACGUCGACCUACUCAACAACCUGCCAUACAGCCAGCAGGUCGCACCGGGAGGACCACUCAACAAUGCAGGCCUACAAUCAGUGGUCGGUAAUGCCGCUAGCUUGCUGGAUACCAAGAAGACGCUGGAUAUGUACCGCGCCAAUGUGAAAAAGACUACCGAUGCUGCCGUGCAGUACGAAUUUGCUAUUUUCAUGAUCAAUGCGGCCCGAGAUCUGAACCCAGAAGAUGGCAUCGAUCCCAGUGAACUUACCAACGAAGCUAAACAGAUCCUACAACGUCUAGCUGACCGCGCCUAUCCUUUCGCACAAUACUACCUCGCCGAUGGCUUCUCCUCUGGACUCUUCAACAAAGGCAAACCCGACCUCGAUAAAUCGUUCUCACUCUUCGUAAACGCCUCGAAGCACGGACACGCAGAAGCCGGAUAUCGAGCCGCUCUAUGCUACGAGUUCGGCUGGGGCUGCGCAAAAUCCCCUCCGAAGGCUGUUCAAUUCUACCGCAAUAGCGCAUCGAAGAACCACCCCGGUGCGGCAACGCGACUCGGCCUCGCGUGCAUAUCUGGCGACAUGGGUCUGAAGGACAAGUACAGAGAGGGUGUAAAAUGGUUGAAGCGUGCACAGGAAAGUGCCGAUCCUCAAUAUAAUGCUGGACCGUACGAGCUGGGCAUAAUGCAUCUCAAGGGGCACGGAGAGUUGAUCUUCAAGGAUGAGGCAUACGCGGCACAAUUGCUCACACAAUCUGCGGAGAUGGGACACGUUCACGCAAACUUCCUGAUGGGUCAAGCAUACGAGAAUGGUCUGUACGGGUGCCCGCGCGAUGCAGCGUUGAGUGUUCAUUUCUACAAUGGCGCGGCGACGAGAGGCCAUGCCGAAGGCCAAAUGGCGCUUUGUGCGUGGUACAUGAUCGGAGCAGAGCCGGUGUUGGAGAGGGAUGAGAACGAGGCUUACGCCUGGGCGAAGCAGGCUGCGGAGUCAGGCUUCGCGAAAGCAGAGUAUACUGUGGGCUACUUCACAGAGAUGGGCAUUGGCUGCCGACGAGACCCUCUCGAGGCGAAUGUGUGGUAUGUUCGUGCAGCAGAUCAGGGGAAUGAGACGGCGAAGCAGAGACUGGCUAUUAUUCACGCCGCAUCGAGUGGAGAUCCAGGCAUUCCUAUGAGCAAAGUCGGAGCGAAGAGCAAAGAUCUCGCCGGAAAGAAAAAGUUCAUGGGCAUCUUUUAGGAGAAUAGGAGCAGCAACUGCAUUGUACGCAGUCUCCCACACAGCAGGCGUUUUCUGGCAUUAUUGCAUUUUUCUGGGAUGUCCGGUACCAGACAUCGAUCGACUACAGUUCUUGGCCAUCAGCUUCGGUCCCACGACCAGAUACAGACGUUGCAGAGAAAGGGAAAUCUAUCACAGGCGAACGGCACGACUAUAUGAUCUUCGGGUGCUCAUAGAUCAUCUCGAGUCCUCGACAGAAGGAAAUGAGGGGAAGGGAUUGACAUGGCUGCAUUUUUGGGAGGGUGCUUGUUUUCGCGCUACAUAUGGGUAUUUCGGGCACGAAAAGGAUGAUUGAUGGAAGCAUGU